AAGAGGAGCUUGGAGAGAGAACAGAGUUUUUUUGAUUAAACGUUUCUUGAAAUAGUGGAUUCAAUGGGGAAGAGGAAACUUUCGAAAGAAAUAAUCACGAUCGACCUCGAGUCUCCGACGUCUCCGGUUGCAGAUUACGGGUUUUCGCAACAUCGAUCGUGCUGGAAGCACGUUUUAGCAACCUUAAAGGCUCGCAAAAAGAGGUUAACUAAAAAGGAAACUGAAGCAAUAGAUAGCUUCAAACUUACUGCCCCGUGUUUGUUGAACCACACUUGUGGCGAGCGGUCGAAGAGGAAAACGACCUACGAAAAUGCGGGACAUGGGGUCUCUAAGCUGAACAAAGAGCUUUUGUCCAGCACUUUCGAAAUGUACUUUGAAUUCUUGUGGAGGGGUUUCUCAGAGGAUAAAGGAGCUUCCUGUGCUUACCUUGACUGUUUAUGGUUUUCCCUGUAUAAGAAACGAGACUAUAAAUCCAAGGUUCUAAAAUGGAUCAAGGACAAGAAUAUUUUUUCAAAGAAAUAUGUUUUGGUUCCUAUAGUUAUCUGGAGCCACUGGAGCUUUCUAAUCUUCUGCAACUUUGAUGAGAGUUUGGAAUCAACAACCAGGACACCGUGCAUGUUAUUGUUGGAUUCUCUUGAAAGUGCGGAUCCAAGGCGGCUUGAACCAGAUAUAAGGAAAUUUGUAUAUGACAUUUAUAGAACCGAAGACAGGCCACAGACUCAAAAGAGUAUUCUUAAAAUUCCUCUCUUAACGCCUCAGGUGCCACAACAGAGAAGUGAUUGGGAAUGUGGUAACUUUGUUCUCUACUUCAUCAAAUUGUUCAUGGAUGGUGCUCCGGAGAAUUUCAGCAUCAAGGAUUUCCCAUAUUUUAUGAAGAGAAAUUGGUUUACUCCUGAAGACGUCGACUGCUUUUGUGAGGGAUUGUAUUCUGAUGUAGUUGCAACGCGAUGUUCAUAGGGAUUGGACAUACAGUAUGUACAUGUUUUAUAAAUUAACUUAGCCAAUUCUUUUGAAGAUGAUCUUAAUAUACACGUCUUUGCAGUGUUUUUC